AUGGAAUUCCGAAUUACAGAAAACUCGCCCGGAGACCUCGCCGGAUUUUCAGAUCUCGAACAGCAACUCCAACAAAAUGGAAUUUUCAGACUUUUCGUGCCAAACUCCAAGUUUGUCCUAAUCCCUGGCUAUCAAGCACCAGAAUUGGAAAAUGCUUACGAUGUUUCUCCGAAAUCUGAUGUUUACAGCUUCGGUGUCUUGCUGUUGGAAUUAUUGACUGGUAAGGCCCCGUUGGAAGCAAUUGGCAAGAACACAGGGGUUGAUUUACCUAGUUGGGUUCGAGAUAUGUUUCAAGAAAAGCCUAUUAUUGAUGUUUUUGACAGUAUGCUGCUGCAUAAUUACCAUAAUUCUAGCUCAGCUUUCGUUUGCAGAUUGCGGCUGGAAAAUUAG